AUGGUUUGGGAGGAAAGCCGAAGGCUCCGGUCUGCCACCACCACCACCAGCACCAGCAGCCCAGCGGUGCAAGGGGGAAACUCCGAAUGUGCAGGUAUGCUGUGACACGUCUUUGAUUCUACCAACCAGCAAUAUUAAGAAUCCAAUUUUAUUAUGCAAAACCAAGAAUAUCUAUGGUGAUCCGUUGUUGCAGGGGCCGAGGGCCGGUGCGUGCUCUGCCCAUUGGGCAAUCUGGCUCUGCUUGGAGAUGCAUCCCAGAAUUCUCCCACCCCAUACGUCCUUCCUUCCUUCAGACAGAAGCGGACAUGGUGUGUGGAACUGGACCAGGGGAAGAAGUGGCUCUCCCAUUGCUGGGGGUGGGGAUUGCCAUUUCCUCAUGCCAGCAAUGGGACAGCCAGCAGGAGGCCUGAUUUAGAUUGUCCUGUAGUUUUGCGGGAAGAGUUUCUUUGUGGUCCACUUCUCUUCCCCCCGUCUAUUGCCUUGGGGAACAGCCCCCCAUCCCCCGGAACUGACUCCAUGACUAUGGCUUCAGAACUGCGUGAAUCUAUACCUACUAGUCCAUACCUAAAUAUUUUGGGAAAUAGAUAGUUCUCCAUGUUUGUUUGUUUUUUUUUAAAUGAUAUUUAUUAAGGUUUCAAUAAAAAAUUAAACAGAAAAACAUAAACGAAAAAUACACAAUUCAAAAAAGCACAGUACAUAGUCCAAAAAACAAAAAAAAAACCAAAGAAAAAACAAAAUACAGGACAGAAAGAACAAUUAAAAACAAUAUCACCCUUUCGUUUCCAACUUUAAAUUUACUUGUUUUCUGGACCUCCUCAUACCUCCCUCUUUUGUAUUCCAGUUCGAAUUGUUUGUCCAGCAAUUUCUUUCCCUCUUUUAAUCCCAAUCUUUAAUCUUAAUAUAAUAUAACAUUAAAAUUUUACCUCUUAAAAGCCAAAUUUCCAUUUCCUUAAACUUCUUUAAUCCUAAUCCUUAAUCUUAGUUUAUCUAUAACUUUAAAUCUUGUACAGCUGGAAAACACUCAUUUUCAAUCCAACAUCACUCUAACAUUCUUUAAUUUUACAGUGUUUCUGUAGAUCAUCUUUGAAUUUCUUCCAAUCUUCCUCCACCGACUCUUCUCCCUGGUCACGGAUUCUACCAGUCAUUUCUGCCAGUUCCAUAUAGUCCAUUAGUUUCAUCUGCCAUUCCUCCAGUGUGGGUAGCUCUUGUGUCUUCCAGUACUUUGCGAUGAGUAUUCUUGCUGCUGUUGUUUCGUACAUAAAGAAAGUUCUAUCCUUUUUUAACACCGUUUGGCCGACUAUGCCCAGGAGAAAGGCCUCUGGUUUCUUCAAGAAGGUAUAUUUAAAUACCUUUUUUAAUUCAUUAUAUAUCAUCUCCCAGAAAGCCUUAAUCUUUGGGCACGUCCACCAAAGGUGAAAAAAUGUACCUUCAGUUUCUUUACAUUUCCAACAUUUAUUAUCGGGCAAAUGAUAAAUUUUUGCAAGCUUGACUGGGGUUAUGUACCACCUGUAUAUCAUUUUCAUAAUAUUCUCUCUUAGGGCAUUACAUGCCGUAAAUUUGAUACCUGUGGUCCAUAACUGUUCCCAGUCAGCAAACAUAAUGUUAUGUCCAACAUCUUGUGCCCAUUUAAUCAUAGCAGAUUUUACCGUUUCAUCCUGAGUAUUCCAUUUCAGCAGCAAGUUAUACAUUCUUGACAAAUUCUUAGUUUUGGGUUCUAACAGUUCAGUUUCUAAUUUUGAUUUUUCCACCUGGAAGCCAAUUUUCUUGUCCAAUUUAAAUACCUCCAUUAUCUGAAAAUAAUGAAGCCAGUCUCGCACUUUGUUUUUAGUUUUUCAAAGCUCUGCAAUUUCAGUCUAUCUCCAUCUUGUUCCAAAAUUUCCCAAUAUUUCGGCCAUUUGACCUCCAUAUUGAGCUUUUUCAAGGCUUUCGCUUCCAUUGGUGACAGCCACCUUGGGGUUUUGUUUUCUAACAAAUCCUUAUAUCUUAUCCAAACAUUAAACAGCGCUUUCCUGACAAUAUGGUUUUUAAACGCUUUAUGUGCUUUGACCUUAUCAUACCAUAGCUAUGCAUGCCAUCCAAAUACAGUGGUGCCCCGCAAGACGAACGCCUCGCAAGACGGAAAACCCGCUAGACGAAAGGGUUUUCCGUUUUGAGGCGCUCAUAAAGCAAUUUCCCUAUGGGCUUGCUUCGCAAGGCGAAGCCCAUAGGGAAAUCUCCGAGGACCUCUUUUAAAUGCUAGCGGUGGGGAGCAAAGCCUUCCCCCCUCCGGCCUUCAGAAGAGGUCCAGGAAGGCUGGCGGGGGCCGAACGCUUUCCCCCCCACCGCCAGCAUUUUAAAAGCAGUCCGGGAUAGCAGGGAAGCGCUUCCCGCUAUCCCGGACGGCUUUUGAAGGCAGGAGAGGUCCGCGAAGCCUGGGCGCGCUGAUCUCAGCGCGCGCAGGCCUCGGCAUGCCGGCAACUCUCCGCAAGCAGCGGCAGCGCUGCCGCUGCUCGCGGAGAGGUCCGCGAAGCCUGGGCGCGCUGAUCUCAGCGCGCGCAGGCUUCGGCAUGCCGGCAGCUCUCCGCAAGCAGCGGCAGCGCUGCCGCUGCUCGCGGAGAGGUCCGCGAAGCCUGGGCGCGCUGAUCUCAGCGCGCGCAGGCCUCGGCAUGCCGGCAGCUCUCCGCAAGCAGCGGCAGCGCUGCCGCUGCUCGCGGAGAGGUCCGCGAAGCCUGGGCGCGCUGAUCUCAGCGCGCGCAGGCUCCGGCAUGCCGGCAACUCUCCGCAAGCAGCGGCAGCGCUGCCGCUGCUCGCGGAGAGGUCCGCGAAGCCUGGGCGCGCUGAUCUCAGCGCGCGCAGGCUCGGCAUGCCGGCAACUCUCCGCAAGCAGCGGCAGCGCUGCCGCUGCUCGCGGUGAGGUCCGCGAAGCCUGGGCGCGCUGAUCUCAGCGCGCGCAGGCGUCGGCAUGCCGGCAACUCUCCGCAACCACCGGCCGUGCUGCCGCUGCUUGCGGAGAGGUCCGCGAAGCCUUGGCUGGACAGCUUUUGAAGGCAGGUGGGGGGGACAAAGACUUUCGCCCCCGCCAGCCUUCAGAAGAGGUCCAGGACCUCUUCUGAAGGCUGGCGGGGGCAAAGUCUUUGUCCCCCUGCCUGCCUUCCCAGGAGCUUUAAAUUGCCCCGGACAGCGGAGAAGUCCUCCGCUGUCCCGGGGCAAUUUUAAAUACCGCCCGCCAGCAUUUUAAGAUCGCCCCGGACAGCGGAGAAGCCCUCCGCUGUCCGGGGUUUUAAAAUGCUGGGGUGGAGUGGGAAGAAAAGCCCUUGUCCCCCCAGCCUUCAGAAGAGGUCGGGGGACAGACUGUCCCCGGACCUGGUCUGAAGUCGGUUUCCCUAGGAACGCAUUAAUUGAUUUUCAAUGCAUUCCUAUGGGAAACCGUGCAUCGCAAGACGAAAAACUCGCAAGAAGAAAAAACUUGCGGAACGAAUUAAUUUCGUCUUGCGAGGCACCACUGUACAUUGUUAAAACCUUCUAGGUCCAAAAUGUCAGUGUUUUGAAGAAGUAGCCAUUCUUUCAACCAGCAGAAAGCUGCUGAUUCAUAGUAAAGUUUAAGGUCUGGCAGGGCAAAUCCACCUCUUUCCUUUGCAUCCGUUAGUAUUUUAAAUUUUAUUCUGGGCUUCUUGCCCUGCCAGACAAAUCUAGAAAUAUCUUUCUGCCACCUCUUGAAACAAUCCAUUCUGUCCACAAUUUGCAAAGUUUGAAACAAAAACAACAUUCUAGGCAAUACAUUCAUUUUUAUCGCAGCAAUACGGCCCAACAGUGAAAGCUUCAAAUUUGACCAAAUUUCUAAAUCUUUUUUCACUUCAGCCCAACAUUUUUCAUAGUUGUCUUUAAAUAAAUUCCCAUUUUUUGCUGUCAUGUUAAUCCCCAGGUAUUUAACUUUCUUAACCACUGUUAAACCUGUCUCAUUUGCAGAUGAGAGCAUUUGCAGAUGACUUAGUAUUGACGUUACAGGAGCCAGAAUCUAGUACCAAAAGGGUUUUAGAACUGAUUCAAGAAUUUGGUCAAGUAGCAGGAUUUAAAUUGAACAAGUCAAAAACUAAGGUUUUAGAGAAAAAUUUAACACCGAUUGAAAGAGAGAGGUUUCAGAAUGAGAUAGUUCUCCAUGUUUGGGCUUCAGUUUAGGCAUACAGUUGGCAGAAAUACAUUGCAUUUCAGGUUCUUUCUUUGCCUUCUUAGCCCAUAUUUCUCCUAAUUUCUCCAGGGAUGAGGCUUCAGCUCCGGCUCCCGGGACGAAGAGCAAGAUACCAUCCUGGCGGUUCCCGGCUGAGGACCCUCGCACCAGUUCCCCACUGCCCUGUCUCCGUGCGGGCAUGGCUCCUCCCCGGCCCUGCCUGCCACAGAAGCAGCAGACAAGGUUUCCUCCAAUUUGAAGAACAUCUCGAGUUAUUUUAGAGAGGGAGGAAACCUUGGCUGCUGCUUCUGAGCAAGGCCAGCCGGGGCGGAGCCAAGAUGCCCGUACGGAGGCGGAGGCCAGGUUGCGGGAACUUGUAAGAUCAGGUAGGAGGAAAUGCCCCUCUUCCCAGGUUCCCACCCUCCUGCCCCAGACUGGGGCUAGCGUGGCUGGGAGCGCCGGCUGAUGUCUCCUUUGCUUUGCAGCGAGGGAACAACUCAGCCUGGGAGCUGCCGCAUCCCAGGAGGGACUGGAGCCCAGGUGGAGGAUACCUGCCUCGGAGGUAAUGGGACAGCGGGAAGGAGGGGGAAGGAGAUAAUGGGACAGGGGGAAGCAGCCCUUAGCGUGAGUUCUCCCCUGCUUUAAAGAUCCCUUCUUUCUUGCAGGAUCUCCCCCCUGCACCGCUGUGGCUGCUGCCCAAGCCUCCUCCCAGAAGACCGUAG